AUGUCCGUUAAACCGUGCAUUGUGCUGCCGCUGGUCUUGGUAUUACUAGCGGGUGUAGUGGAUGCGGAGUCGAAGUCGAAGCCUAACAAGACGUGUCGCUCAGCAGGCAUACUCAAAUUUGACCCCUCGACGCGCCCCAUCCAGCAUAGAAAGAGAUUAGAGGUGUGCAGCAAGUUUCAAAAAAGAACAUGCUGUAAUGCUACUCAUACGGUGGCUCUUCGUCUGAAGAUUCGGGAGCCGGUGGUGGCUAAAUUCAGUCGUAAAUGCCAAGAAUUGACAGAGGAGAUGAUAUGCUCGUCGUGCCACCCGCUAAUGGGCACAUGGGAGAUGAAGAACGUGUGUCCGAGUCUGUGCAAUGACUGGUUUGAUGUCUGCAAGGAUGAGUAUUACGCUCAUGGAGGAUCGAGUUCACUGACUCCUUGCUACGGCAAUGCGCUGGUGUGCUCGCCUUUAAACGAACUGAACGUUAACGGUAUCGAAUGCUUUGACGGAUCUGUACCUGACGAACUAGGCGAAAUGGAGCCUUCUGAGCCGUGGCAAAUGCAGCUGAUGCGUAUGCUGAAAGAGGAGGCGGAAAACCCGUCCGGACUGUUUAUCUCAAGCUGUUUUAUUCUUUUAACAAUGGUCUUGAUGGGAAAAAAAGUUGUCAAGCAGAUUGGAGACCCCUUCGGCGGCAACCAGCUCAAUCUGAUGGAGGUUCGUCGCUUACAACAGGAGCGCUACGAGCACGGGGAGCAGGUGUACGACGACGAGACGGAAAGUAGCAGUGAUGAGAAUAGGCCGUCUCAAUCAACAAUUGAGCUGUCGAGCGACGGAAGUCUGCCACACGUUACCGCUGUGGCUACACGAUAA